AUGUCUGCUGAGACACACGCCAUAAACCCGGAGGCCUUCGCCGAAGCUAUCGCCGAUCUCCCCCUCAGCGCGGUCUACAGCAAAGUCUCCGAGCUCCGCAACUCAAUCGCACACCUGCACCGCUCCAACGAGGAGCUCAGACUUUUCCUUGCAGAAUCACAGGACACAGAGGAAGAGAAGAAGGAGCUGGAGGGGUAUGUCAUCGAGAAUGAGGGGGUGGUUACGUCGAUGAAUGAGCGAAUUUCGUUGCUUAAGGUUGAGGUGGAGAGACGCGGGCAGACUUGGAUUGAGGAGAAGGGAGAGGAGAAGGAUAUGAAUGGCGAGGCGCCGGUAUCUGAAGAGACAGCUGUGCCGGUGUCAAAUGGGACAGGGGCUGGGCUUGGUGACCAGGGCUCGAAUGCGACUGCGGGGCAGGAGGAAGAUGGAGUUUAUCUGUGA